CGUCAACACGUCGACGACGCUUCAGCUGUCAGACUUUGGCCACCCAAGAGGGUUUUGUUAGCAAACUAAAACGCGAACUGUUCGGCACUACUUCAAAGUUGUGCAUCCUUUUGUUAAUCGAGCUUUGAGCGCGUUAGCUACUUAUUGGCACACUAACCUUGCAGGAGGCGCCCUGUUGUUUUAAUCGCUGUUAGAUGUUGCUCUGCAGAGAUCCUGAGCGGGUGUGAGAAUAAAGGCAGCUAGGGAGGGAGUAAAAAAGGCAAAAGUCUUUGUGCUUCCCUUCCCCCUCAUCAAAGCAAAAAGGGAAAUGUCUGGCCCUAGAGCGGUGAAGAAGAGGAACCCUGGGCCAAAGCUGCCCAGAGAUGCGUUUAUACCUCCAGAGGCAGUUCCAGCGCCCCCUCGAGAUCUCGACACAAAAGCGCGUGUCAAAAUCGGAGAUCAGAAUGUAGUAGUGGAGGCAGAUGACUUGGAACAGAUUGAGGAGCUUGGGAGGGGAGCUUAUGGUGUGGUGGAAAAGAUGAGACAUGUGCCCAGUGGUGUCAUCAUGGCUGUGAAGCGAAUUCGUGCUACAGUCAACACUCUAGAACAGAAGAGGCUUCUGAUGGACUUGGACAUCUCCAUGAGGACAGUGGACUGCUUCUACACCGUGACUUUUUAUGGUGCCCUCUUCAGAGAGGGUGAUGUUUGGAUCUGUAUGGAAUUGAUGGACACGUCUCUGGAUAAGUUCUAUAAGAAGGUCAUUGAGAAGGGCAAAACCAUUCCUGAGGACAUCUUGGGCAAAAUCACAGUAGCAAUUGUCAAGGCAUUAGAGCAUCUGCAUCAUAACCUGGCAGUGAUACACAGAGAUGUAAAGCCCUCCAACGUCCUGAUCAACACAGAGGGGCAAGUCAAAAUGUGUGAUUUUGGCAUCAGUGGCCACCUGGUGGAUUCUGUGGCCAAAACGAUGGAUGCUGGCUGUAAGCCCUACAUGGCUCCUGAGCGGAUCAACCCGGACCUUAACCAGAAAGGUUAUAGUGUGAAGUCAGACAUCUGGAGUCUUGGUAUCACUAUGGUCGAGCUGGCCAUUCUGAAAUUCCCUUACGACUCAUGGCGUACCCCAUUCCAGCAGCUCAAACAGGUGGUGGAUGAACCUUCUCCACAGCUGCCUGCAGAAUGCUUCUCCCCGGAAUUUGUAGACUUCAUCUCCCAGUGUUUAAGGAAGACACCAAGUGAAAGACCAGCUUAUACAGAAUUAAUGAAACACCAGUUUUUCACCCUGCAUGACUCUAAAGAGACAAACGUGGCCAGUUUUGUCAAGGACAUACUGGGUGAUUGAUGGGCAUCCUUCAUCAUCCACGUAAGUGGGAAGGACUUUUCAGCAAGCAAACCAAUGACCCUACUUUUUCAAAAAGGAAAAACAGACCCUCUCUGGAAUGUCAAACUUUUGUGCACCCACGCAUCAGGGACAUAAUCCGAAGACUGACCGGGUCUCUGGCCGGCAAGAUGAUUGAAUUUCAUAUGCAAAACUGGUAGUUAUGUACGUGUUGGUGUAUCCUGAAUGCUAUCUUUGCAUAUAUUUUUGUAUGAUUGCUGAUAACCACUUUUGAUACAGUUUUCCUUUGAUAAGUGUGAAUUUUACAGACUAGAGCCAACAUCUCACUUGCCUUUGCCCUGAUGCUAUUGGUCCAGCGGGGGGGGAGGGGGGGGGGGGGGCACGAACACGACUGUCGUAUAUAGUCGUCUCGAGCAAAGCUAAAGAAAACUGUCUAAGGUCACUUUCUGGGCAGGAGGAAUCAUUCCUGGAGUGCUGAUUGGCACGAGGAAAGAAUGUCUUCUGUGAUCUGUGACCUCCAUGCUGUGAACACUGAGUGUUCUUUCUUUAUUUUUUUCUCUCUCGGGCAUCAUAAAGUCAGCUCCUGUCUUGUGAUUGUUACUACCUGGAAAAGUUCAGGAUUUUUCCAAUCGAGCGUAUUGCUUUAUCUGUUUAUGGGUAACAAUUUGUGCAGUGUUCUUCUGAUUUGCUGCAAUAUUGCAUUUUUUUUCCUUCUUUUGAACUUGUUCUGGUUUGGAGUUUGAUUAAAUUACAAGAAUGUUUUAA